AUGCUCGAGUUCCCUCUGCUUUCAGUCGAGUCAGCCCAAGGAGAGAGAGAGGAAGAGAGCCAUGGUGAGGGAGAAAAGGAGAGGUUGGCGUGGCUGAGAGAAGGAGGAGAGAAGAGAAGAAUGUGGCUAGGAUUUUCUAAAAGUCAGGUUGUUACAGCUCUUGUACUAGCUUUUGCUGCUCCCCUGAAUGCCCAAGACGGACCACAAGACUACUUGAGUGCUCUCAACCGUGUUCGAUCUCAAGUAUAUGUGGGUCCUCUGGUAUGGCAUGAGAUGCUAGCUGGCUAUGCUCGAAGCUACGCCAGGCUAAGAGGCGACUGCCAUCUCAUUUUAGCAAAUGCUCCCUACGGCAAAACCAUAGCAGCAUUCUUCAGUGAUGAUUCCGCUGUGCAGGCUGUGAGCCUCUGGGCUAUGGUGAGGCCUCAAUACAAUUACCAGACUAACACAUGUGCUGCUGGGACAAAUUGUCUUCAAUAUACUCAGGUUGUAUGGAGAAAGUCGGUGUCGGUUGGGUGUGCCAAAGUAAGGUGUGAUAAUGGUGGAACUUUUUUCGCUUGCUACUAUGAUCCUAAAGGCAAUAUUCCUGGUGAACGACCAUACUAA